GUGGUUUCGCUUUUACACCGACUGCCGAUGACAAGAUAACGCCAUGGGGACUCUGGAAUACCCCAAGCUCUUAUCUCUGGCGCUUUGCGCGCUCUCUGGCCUGAUUUGGGUCAAGAAGAAACCACGAUUCUCCCAUAUACUUCUCCUGGCGCAUACGGCGUAUAUUGUCUACCAGCUGCUCAUUGCGUUCCCGAUGAACGUGUUUACAGACUUGGGCGUACCAUUGAACGGAUCUGCGGAACUGUUGAGGAUGCGAAUGGCCCGGCGGAGGCCACUGGAUCCUGAAUUGGAGGGGUUGUUCAAGCGGUUGGGGUCGUUGGACCAUAGACUGCUUUAUGUUCGAUUUGGACAUGAUAUUAUUGCGGGGUGUGACUAUUGCCAGUCGUUUGGUGAUUAUGCGUUGUUGGCGCUACCCCGGCCACUGCUAGCUUAUAUUCGUGAAAUGGCGUUCGUUGGGGUUCUGACGCUUCCUGGGUCCCCGAAAUCACACCUUCGACCUCUGGGGCUUGCAACUCUGAUGCUCUCAGCGCUUGCAGAAGCUUAUUUCAUCCUGUCAGCUACCAUUUCUAUCAAACCGCAAGAAGAGCCUCUCAUUACGAUGUGGCACGAUACCUUUCUCCGCGCACGGCUAGCCCUGUUUUUGCUGCUUCCUUUCCUGCUCCACCUACCCCGGAUACCAUUCAUUCACCGAAUACCGAUCAUCUCCACUUUCCUGCCCAUACCCGACCCCCGAGCCUCGCAGAACCGGAUACCAACAGGGCGCGUGCUGCAGCGCCUUCAGAGCACGCUCGACCAUCUCGUCCCCGGACUCCACCUUCUCAAAUACACACGGGCGGCGGUGAUGCGUGUGCCUGCGAUGCGGGACCGCGCUGGGGCGUGGUGGGAGGGGGAGAAGAAGGAAGGAGAUGCGGUGCUCGCUGAUGAGGGGUUCAAGAGGACGGCGAAGGGGAUGCAGCUGGCGUAUGAUGAGAAGGAUGGAGUGUUGAGGGAGAGCACGAAGGCUGCGUUGAACUCUUUGAUGCCUGGAAUGGUGCCCAGCGAGCAUUGGAGGAGGGAGGGGACGUGA